AUUUGGGUUGAUGCAGACUAGGUGGAGUAAAUCUGAGCCGGUGGGGUGAGCAGCACAAGGCUGAGGAAAGAUGCAUGAAAACAGAGCACAGAUGGGCGAGAUAAACAGGAGCCCUGGGCUGUGACUGAGGAGUGUGCUGAGCUCUGGAUUUCCAUCCUUGCAUCUCUGCUGAGGAAGACUCUGACUGCAUCUUUAAUCGGAUUGCUUGAGCUCCCAUGCACAACCUUCUUCUUAUUAGCAAGCAUUAGAGAUGGCUAACAGAGGACCAAGUUAUGGCUUAAGCCGAGAAGUUCAGGAAAAGAUUGAACAGAAAUACGACGCAGAAUUAGAGUCUAGGCUGGUGAACUGGAUUAUUGUACAGUGUGGAGAACAGAUAGAGCACCCUCCUCCUGGAAGGCAACAUUUUCAGACCUGGUUGAUGGAUGGAACACUGUUAUGCAAGUUAAUAAACAGUUUGCAUCCAAAGGGAAAUGAGCCUAUUGCAAAGAUCUCUGAAUCAAAAAUGGCUUUCAAGCAGAUGGAACAAAUAUCUCAGUUCUUAAAAGCUGCUGAAAUCUACGGAGUAAGAACAACAGAUAUUUUCCAGACAGUGGAUUUAUGGGAAGGGAAGGACAUGGCAGCAGUGCAGAGAACCUUAAUGGCUUUGGGCAGUUUGGCAGUCACCAAGGAUGAUGGCUGCUACAAAGGAGAUCCAUCCUGGUUCCACAGGAAAGCACAGCAGAAUCGACGAGGAUUUUCAGAAGAGCAGCUUCGGCAGGGACAGAACGUAAUAGGCCUUCAGAUGGGCAGCAACAAAGGAGCAUCACAGUCGGGUAUGACAGGCUAUGGGAUGCCAAGGCAGAUCAUUUAAAAGCAUCUCUGUCUGUGGAGAAAACACUCUUUCUGCAGCAUGGUCCGUUAAGGAAAAAAAAAAAAUCAAAGAAAAAAGAAAAAAUGCUUAUUAGUUCCCUUUCUGCCUGGUUUUUAAUAGUUAGUGCUCUCCAAGGUUUGGGGUAUUUUUGGUUUGGUUUGUUUUCUUUGCAGCUGCAAGAAUUCGCCUAGGAACUUGGGUUUUUGUGGUGGUGUGUGUCAGCUCACAGCACGUGCUGCCUCCUACUUUUCACUUCUGAACUAUGCAAAGACAAUUAUUCUGUAUUUAUUUGCAAAGUGUUAUCUUCCAUAUUUGUCUCACACUGCACUUGUAUUUCAACCAGUAACCUCGUUCUUCAAUUCAAUGAUGAUAUUGUUUGACUGAAGAAUAAAGACAAAAUAAAGAUA